CUUCUUUCGAAUGCUGUGUAUAACGAUUGUUGAAGGCAUUUGAGGUUGCCGCAGCGGCAACCAAUAAUUUUUUUUUUUGUGGGGAGAGGCCUCGAAUGCAUGGUCGAGCUGAGAUUGAAUUAAAUAGCAGUUUGUUCAUUUCACAUGCUUCCCAGUGGACGCCGUUUUUCGUUUUCUUACCUCUUUCUUUCUGUGCUUGCUUGGUCGCUUUUCAACGAAAUCGUUUCUACUAAAUUAUGGCUACUUUACCUGAUACUAUGCUUGUUAUACCGUUGUAUAACAAGGUGCUUCUACCGUCGGUCGUCAUGAAACUCACCAUGCGUGGAAGGGAUGCCAUUGCUUUAACUCGGAAGCAUCGUCGCAUGUCAGACCAGCGGAAAACUACUUAUCUCGCUUGCAUUCCUUUAUCUGCUUCCCCAGAGGAUAAAAACGCCACGCUGCAACCGUCCACCAUGACCGAGUUGCCCGACGAUAUGAAAGAACAGCAAGGUUUUGUCAAGGACGAGGAAAAAGAUCGUCUUUAUACCCAUGGUUGUGCUGCCCGUAUUGUUCGAAUCCAGCGGUCGGGGCUCGGUGUGUUCUCUGUAUUUAUUGAAGGUGUGGCUCGGUUCCAUGUGGAAAAGUACAUUGAAGAUACGGCAGGUUUGAUUGCCAAGGUCAGCUAUCCUCCCGCUGAAGGGAAAGAAGCGCUUGAACAAGCCAAAGAUGAAAUCAUUGCAUUCAAAGCACUCGUACGAGAAUUCACGACCAAAAUGCGAGACUUGCAGCUGCCUGAUACCUUGAUUCAGCAAUUAUCCAAACUCGUCGAUACUCUGUCACCCGCUGUUUUAGCCGAUUUGAUGAUGUCGGUCAUUGAAACCUCUUUUGAUGAGAAACUCUUUAUGCUAUCGACGAUGGACGUCAAAGAACGUUUGGCAAAAGCUUCCGAGUGGAUGGCUCGACAACUGCAUGUUCUUAAAAUUUCUGAACAGAUUCACUCCAGCAUUGAAGGGAAAUUGAGCAAGAAACAGCGCGAAUUCUAUCUCCGACAACAGCUGGAAGCCAUCAAGCAAGAGCUGGGCGAAUCAGAUGGCAAUUCGGGCGGCAAAGAUGAAGACGAUAUUGGGCAAUUGGGUCGGCGAUUGGAAGAAGCCGAUCUUCCCAAGGAAGCAGCCACCGUUGCUCAACGUGAACUGAAACGAAUCAAGAAACUGCAACCUUCUUCCAGUGAAUGGUCCGUGCUUCGCAAUUAUCUUGAACUGAUGGCCGAUUUACCUUGGAGUAAGAAAUCCGAAGAAGUGCUUGACAUUCCACGAGCCAAACAACAACUGGAAGAAGAUCAUUUCGGUCUGGAUCAUGUGAAAAAGAGAAUUAUCGAGUAUCUUUCGGUGAUCAAGAUCAAAGGCGAUCUCAAAGCCCCCAUUAUUUGCUUUGUCGGCCCACCUGGUGUUGGCAAAACAUCUCUAGGACGAUCUAUAGCUGCGGCCUUGUCGCGCGAAUUUCAUCGUGUCUCCCUUGGCGGCGUGCGUGAUGAAGCAGAUAUGCGUGGUCAUCGCCGUACCUAUGUAGGUGCUAUGCCUGGCUUGAUUAUUCAGGGCCUGCGCAAAUGUGGUGUGAACAAUCCGCUGUUUUUACUCGAUGAAAUUGAUAAGCUGGUUCAUUCAACGCAUUACGGUGACCCAGCGGCUGCUUUACUGGAAGUACUGGAUCCUGAACAGAACAAUACGUUUUCGGAUCACUACCUCAACGUUCCGUUUGAUCUGUCGAAUGUCCUUUUCAUUGCGACGGCCAAUUCUCUCGAUACCAUUCCUGAACCUUUACUCGACCGUAUGGAAUUGAUUCAUUUGAAUGGGUAUACCUUUGAGGAGAAACUCCAUAUUGCCAGAUCGCACUUGUUGCCGAAGCAAGUAAGAGCGCAUGGUCUCGAGGAAGGGCAAGUGACCAUGGAGGACCACGUCUUAUUGAAAAUGGCCGAAAAUUACACUCGUGAAAGUGGCGUUCGAAGUUUUGAACGAACCAUUGCAGCUGUGGUUCGUGCUAAAUGUGUGGAAUUGGCUGACCUGCGUGACCAAGGCAAGGAGGACGAGUAUAUUGCUCAAGUCAAACUGGAUGACCUCGAGUCUAUCCUUGGGAUUGCCAUUUUCGAAAAGGAGGUCGCUGAACGCGAUUCAGUGCCUGGUGUGGUGACUGGUCUUGCAUAUUCGGGUAGUGGCAAUGGUGGCAUUCUUUUUGUCGAAUCCACGAAAAUGCCUGGCAAAGGCGAUUUGCAACUGACAGGUUCACUGGGAGAGGUUAUCAAGGAGUCGGCUCAAAUUGCUCUCUCUUGGGUCAAAGCUCAUGCCCACGAACUUAAAAUCGCUGCAACACAGCAGGUCAACAUCGUCGAGCAUUAUGAUGUUCACAUCCAUGUACCUGGUGGUGCAGUCCCCAAAGACGGACCUAGUGCAGGCGUGACCCUGGUAUGUUCAUUGGUGUCACUGUUCUCUGGAUAUUAUGUGCCGACCACCACUGCCAUGACAGGCGAAGUGUCGCUUCGUGGACAAGUUCUACCGGUGGGUGGCAUCAAAGAAAAAGUGAUCUCGGCUCAUCGAGCAGGUAUCCGCAAGAUCAUCAUGCCAUAUCGUAACCGAAAGGAUGUGGAAGCGGAUGUACCAGAUCGGGUCAAGGAAGAUAUUGAGUUUGUGUAUGCCAAGAACAUCUGGGAUGUUCUGGAAGCCGCUCUCAUUAUCAGUGAUAAUGAAAGAUGGACCACGCGUUCAUAUGAGAGUCAUUUAUAAAUUUAGACCGACAGUGUUAGAUAACCUCUUUUUUCUAUUUCCUCUCCCCUCCCCCAGAUUUGACACGCAUUGGUCCUGAAUUCGAUCCCGAAUUCGAUUUAUUUUUGGGUUUUAUGAUAUUUGUUACUUUAAACGGCCAAGUACACAACAUGGUACAUCUGCUAAUCAAGCCAUUGUUCGAUCAAGAUUAAAGAAAUGGUAUUCGCUGAUGAAAUGUUGGCUGUCGUCGAUGC